ACAUAACCAUCGCAUCAGCUCCAUAAUGGCCAAGUUCCAAGCUAUUCUCCUGCUGGCUGUUCUCAGUCUCUGUGCCGUUUCUGAAGCCCAGCGCCAACGGUACCCCCAGCGUUUGAGUCGCGGACGUUCUAGGUACUCUGCUCGCCAGGAACUAGCCCCAGCGGAUGGCGGCGAUGUGGAUGCGGUGACUCCCUAUCCCUCGGCCGAUGAACUGAAGCCGGAAGUGCCAUUCGACGAGGCAGCCGCAGCCGCACCUACUCCGGAUGCCGUCUACGGGCCACCCGAUGCCGCUCCCAAUGCCGUGCCGGAUGAGGUAUACGGCCCCCCGGAUGUGACAGGAAACGAUCUGCCCGCCGCCGUUGAUAUUCCGGCCGAGCAGCAGGCUCGUCUGGUGGCUGCCAGGAGGGCGGCUAAUUACCGCAGGACCGCCCAGCCGUUGGCCUAUCGCCGCCCCAUUUCCGCCGCUGCCGGACGCCCGGCCAAGUUGAGCGCCGCCCGCUCUACAGUGCGACGUCUCUGAAUGGAAUUUCACAACUGAAUACAUUGGG